GGGGGAGGAGGGAGCGGAGCAGCGUGGAGCCUGGGUCUGAGCAGAGGAGCUCAUUUGAGGGAGAACAGCCGCAGACUGCGCAGAUACACGAAUGCUUCUGCACUGACAUCAGCUCAGAUUAAAGCACAGCAGCCUGUCUGUGCGUGUGAAGGUGAUACGUUGAGACGUACGCACGCGCACACUGGCUGCUUUUACGCACAGAAAUCCACUCUUUUACUUUGUCAUUUGAGCGGAGUGUUUCGCGUUUUUUUUUUUUUUUUUUACCUGGGGACCAUGAGGAGCGGAGCUGUGAGUUUGAGCGACUCCAGCUUGUAAUUGACACACACAGAGAGAGGGAAGGAGAGAGAGAGAGAGAGAGUCAAAGAACAUCUGUUUAUUAUCGCCCUGGAGCUCUGAGAAAAAGAAGGAUCGUUAGGCGAUUUCUCCUCCUGCUGUUGAACUCAGCUCGUUUCCAACAAGGAUGGUGCUGGACAAAGAGGAGAGUGUGUCUUUCGUGUCCCUUCCGUCCAGAGAGAAGACACGGGGCUGUGCUGGCUGCAACGGAAAGAUACGAGACCGUUUCAUGCUGCAGGCACUGGACAGGUACUGGCACGAAGACUGUCUAAAAUGUGCGUGCUGUGACUGCCACCUGGGCCGGAUGGGCUCCACCCUCUACACCCGGGCCAACCUCAUUCUCUGCCGACGGGACUACCUGAGGCUCUUUGGGGUGACAGGGAACUGUGCAGCCUGCAGUAAGAUGAUCCCUGCUUUUGAAAUGGUGAUGAGAGCCAGAGACAACGUCUACCACUUAGACUGCUUUGCCUGUCAGCUCUGCCGCCAGAGAUUUUGCGUGGGAGACAAGUUUUUCCUCAAGAACAACAUGAUCCUGUGCCAGCUGGACUAUGAAGGGGGCCAUCUUAAUGGCAGCACUGAGAGGCAGCCGCACUAAGAGAGCGGCGCUGGACGACCGACGACGAGCCAGUCGAACUCAGACGGCUUCCUGUUACAGACUGACCCACGUGUACGACCAUCACUGAUGGGACACACCACCAGGAUCCCAUGUUUGAACUCUUUGAAAGAGCUGAACAAUACACGUUCUGAAAACUGCUUUUUUUCCCCACCCUGACAAGACGAUCCCGGAAUCAACCCAGACGGAAUAAUGAAACAAAGAAGAGAAGGAAGAGGAAGAUGAUUUUCUAGAGCACUUAAUGUGGUCUGUGGUGAUUCUGCCGCCAUUUCAUACAAUCAACAAAAAAAAUAGAGUGAACUAGUGUUUGCAGAUAAUUUGUAGAGUCUGUUUCUGCCAAAUUUGAAAUUCUAGACAGAUGGAGUGAAGCCAGUCAGGCCACACAUAACAUCCAGCAAGUCAUCCAUCAGAGAAAAACACUGAGUUUCCAGUGAUUGUCAGAUGAUCCUGGCAGUCACUGAGCUGUGCUGUGUUUGUUGUCAACUCCUCCCAUAUGGCACCAUCUGAAACCCUGAGUCAAACUCAAACAUGUUUGCAAAAACUGUCUGUUCAGUUCCACAACUGAGCAGGAUCCAUUUCCACAUUUCCACUUUUAUCCUAAGCAGUUUUUUCUCUCUUCUCGACUUAUUAAAGCAUACUAAUUUCAUUGUGUGUGCUCAUUAUUUAUAAGACCACCAUAAUUAGCUGGGGAGGGAAAUGGCACCAGAGAGAAAAUAACUCCACCAAGCACAACAGACCUGUUGACAUCACUUAAUGAGUUUUGCUGAAAGGUUAAUGUGAAAUAUUUAUCUAUGGAAAAAAACAACCUAUUUAGUAGGUUGCAGCACGUAAUUAAGAAAAAUGCAAUUAAAAAUGAUCUUUAAAACUUCGGAAAACACAAAGGCUAAUUAUUGUCACCAAAACAAAAACAGCAUUUAUAUUAUGAUGAUAAAUCUGUGAAAACUUGCUGUUGAUUUGUGAAUUUGCUUUAGUCUAUGUUAGCACUUUUUAUUGCCCAGUGAAACCAUUUCAAGAGCGUUUCAUGUCCAAUUUUAUUAAAUUUAAAUAAAAUACAUCUUUCUUAUUUUUA